GCUCGUGCUACUGCGCGAAAUGGUUUUCAUCUGAGCCUGUGCUAGCUCAUGAGAUCUGGCUGUCUAUAGUUUUGUCCAGCGUUACCUCAGACCCAACAUUCAAAAGUUUCUCUCUCGCUCGCGGAGCAAGUAGCUGCAACAUUAACUCCACAUGCUGUUUGUACUUGCCAUGCAUCGGGUAAAGUUUGUAGACUGCCAGUCCAUUCGAUGUGAAGGAACUCCAGAAAAAUCCAUAUUACUGUCCGAACAGGUGGUGGAGGUCCGUACUCCUGCUGUUGAGACCACAGACGAAAACAGGGACAUCCUGGUUGGUGACUGGGUGAGAGUGAAGGUGCACUCCAGGAAGUGGACACAACCCAGGUGGGAAGGGACCAUUCCAAGUCAAGGAAGUAUCAAGCCACUCCUUGAGGGUAAGAGAGGUCCAUAGAGACAUCUGGUACCAUCAGGACACCAACCAAGCAGGACACCAGAUCAAGUAGGUGAAGCUCUUGGUGAGUUACAGCCAUAAAAUAUGGAAUGGCACAACCUUCUGUUGGUGACCACACUAGUAGGACUAGUAGCCCAUACUACAGGAAGCACUGUUAUCACUCUAGAGGAAGGAGAGUCUCAGGUGCUCACUAUACAGCACCUUGUAAGAUAUGGACAUGGAGAAAUGGGGCAAGGAGGAUAGGGGAUAUCUGUCCGAUACACACCCCAGGAGGCUGUAAUGUUCUGACGUCCUACGCAAGACAACGACCAACUUAUCUGUGUAAUGGGAAGUGGUGUCCCUAUUGGGACAACACGAUAACUAAUGUGGGAAAGUUUUGGGAAUGGAGGACAGGUUACCCAUAUAGUAUUGGGGAUCUCUCUAAGGUGGGGAGAUUCAAUGAUUUGGAAAUCUCCUGGAAGGGACAUUUGUAAAGGUGAUGAAAUCCUACUAACCAUCAAAACCAUUAAACUCUCUGAUGCAGGUACUUACACCCUUGGACAGGACAGACCUGGGGCCGACACGAUGGGCCUGUUUUUCAUUAAGGUGCUGCCAAAACCACAGAGGUCCCAGAUGAGCCAGGACCAGACACCCUCUUCCACCCCUCCUAACCCGAGACUGCCACCACCCACCACUGUGCCAAACCCCGUUCAGGUAAUUAAUGUUAGGGACUUUUCAGUAAGCGAUCAACUAGGUACAGAGACUGGUUACGAUGGAAGGGACAAUUUGUGGUUGUCCUACAUGAGAUAUACAGCAAGAACUCUGAAAGGGCAGGAUUGUGUCAUGUGUAGCCAUGCUAGAUCUAUUCUGGCAACACACCCAUUUGCAUUAGGGAAAGGAGAGGGGUGGUUGUGUAUUCUGAGGGGUUUCUAUGAAGUCAAAUCCAAUUCAACUCUGUGUACCUCUUUGAGCCUAGUGUUCCCUUCCUCCUUAGCGGGCCCCAUUGGGUGUAAGUCCUACGGGGGAAACUACAGCUGCAUCACCGGAACAGGAACAGGAAUGAACUAUGGACGGUUGCCCCCAGCAGACUGUGUCAGUUAUGUGACCAUUAAUGACUACUGGCCAAUAGGGGGCCUAAACCAAACUAGUGGUUUAGCUGAUGUAUGGUGGAUAUGUGGACCCAAUAAAGUUCUAACACCCAUUCUUAGAGGGAACUGGCAGGGCACAUGUGCUCUGGCCAGUUUAAUAAUACCACUAUCAUUGACAUUACUGCUGAACAGCUGCUGGGCUCCGUAACAGAGGGACCUGUGAAUAAUCCAUUGGUGCUUGGGAGGCAUAGACUUACUGCUCCCUGGACAGCGGAUGUGGUGGAUAUACACACCAACCUGUUGGGGGUACCAGUGGGGGUUCCUCAGCCCUGAGUAGAAAUGAUGGGUUUUGGCAUCUGAUGCCUAUUGUAGGGCCAGCCAUAGUGGAUGCACAGCAAUCUGCAUGGCUAAAUUACAUUUAUUACAACCAACAGCGUUUUGUGAAUUUCUCCCGUGGUGCACUUACUGGUAUGUCAGAACAGUUGGAGGCUACCUCUAGGGUGGCCAGGCAGAAUAGGUUGGCCUUGGAUAUGAUUCUCACUAAUCAGGGGGGUGUAGGAGGAUGGACUGUUCUCCUGGCUUGGUGGUUGGUUUGGUAAGUACACUGCACUGAUGGUUACUGGCUGUCAGAAUAUCGGAGCAUACCUCAUGUCUCGAGGGGGUCCCCGAGACGACGAGUGACGACUGCACCCCGAUGUUGUUCUCCAAAUAGAGGAACGGUUCAGGAGAGCCGAGGUGGACCUGUUCGCGUCACGGGUGAACGCGCAAUGUCCCCUAUGGUUUUCUCUACAAGCCCAGGACGAACCGCCACUAGGGAUAAAUGCUUUUGCAAACCAGUGGCCAGAGGUUCUCCUGUACGCAUUUCCACAGCUUGUUCUGUACUCAGCGUAGUUGAGGGCAGAACUUGAGUUAAGAAACGUAGCAGGACUAAAGGGCUGUGUUCCCAUUAGGUCCGGACAAUUAUUUACAGACAGAUUAUUUCACUUAUAAUUCACUGUAUCAAAAUUCCAGUGGAUCAGAAGUUUACAUACACUAAGGCACUGACUGUG